CGUCUUCCGACAAUGGCUGGGGCAGAGCUCGAAUUCGACAUCAUCGUAGCUGGCGGUGGAACGACAGGCUGCGUAGUCGUUGGGAGACUGGCCGCAGCAGACCCCUCCCUCAGCAUCCUCAUCCUCGAAGCUGGUCCGCCAACACAUGAAGAUCUUGCACACGUCCAGCCCGCCCGCUAUCUGACUCACCUCCUUCCCGGUAGCCAGACCGUAAAACGGCAUGUCGGGAAAGAAAGCACGGACGUUGGCGGUCGCGCUCAAAUUGUUCCGUCUGGACAUUGCCUCGGCGGCGGAUCGAGCGUCAACUUCGCCAUGUACGCCCGGGCCGCGGCCUCCGACUACGACGACUGGGCGAACGUCUAUGGCAACCCGGGCUGGGGGUCGGAGGAUCUGUUACCGCUCCUGCGCAAGGCAGAGACAUAUCAGCCGCAGAUUGGCAAGGAGACACACGGGUAUUCGGGUCCCCUGAAGGUCUCAUACGGGGGUCACUUUACCAACGUGGGCCAACAGUGGCUUCAAGUCGCAACCCAGUACGACAAGGAGCGGACCGUGACGGACGACCCGAACGACCUGCAUACUUGCAAUGCGUAUGGCGUGAGUGCCUUCUGCAGUGUCAACGGUCUGAAUCUUUACUGGGUGACUAUGCCGAUGUGCGAUAUUAGGUGGAUCGACGCCGAGACCGGAAGGCGUUCUGACGUUCCGCACCAUUACAUAUAUGACCGCGGUCUGAGGAACUUGACUAUCAUGACUGGGUGGAAUGUGAAGCGAUUUGUACCCAACAAACAGCUCAACCCAAACACAACGCAGAUGGUGCACACCGCGCGUGCUCGGCGGAUGGUUGUGUUGUCUGCUGGAGCGUUCGGCUCCCCUGCCAUCCUGGAGCGCUCGGGGAUAGGCAACGCGAAGCUGCUCCGGGAGCUUGGGAUCGAGUCUCUUGUCGACCUUCCCGGUGUAGGCGAGAAUUAUCAAGACCAUAUCGUGCUAUUCACCCCCUACCAUGUGGCUGAUGAAGCCGAGACUUUGGAUGGGAUCGUUCGGAGCGAGGAGUCUGAGCUCAACAAGUGGUCUGCCCAGUGGCUCAAGGACGGCUCCGGUCUCAUGGCACACAAUGGUAUCGACGCCGGUGUGAAAUUACGGCCCUCGGAGCGGGAGCUUGCGAUCAUAGGACCAGAAUUUCGGCAGCUGUGGUCCGAGUACUAUGCGAACGCUCCUGACAAGCCUGUCAUGUGGCUCGGAAUAUUGGCACAGUACGUCGGUGAUCCUUCUACUGUCCCGGCGAGGAAAUAUUGUUGUGCAGACUAUUUCCUCGAUUAUCCGGCUUCCAUAGGCUAUGUGCACAUCACAUCCACCGACGUCGACGCCCCGCCUGACUUCGACCCCAAAUUCCUCAGCUGCCCAGAGGACCUCGCAUUACUGAGGUGGGGAUACAAGCAUGGGCGUGAGAUUAUACGCCGCAUGCCGCUUUACGAGGGCGAAUAUGCUCCUGCGCAUCCUGCAUUCUCGGAGGAAAGUACUGCGGCAUGUAGGCUCCAGAGGGCUCCUGCGGCGAUCGGCGACCCACCUAUUGUCUACACUCCCCAGGAUGAUUUGGCAAUAGACAAAUUCGUGCGGGAGAAUGCUGGCACCACCUGGCACUCGCUUGGCACCUGCGCCAUGAAGGCACGAGAGGGAGCAGGCGUUGUAGACUCUCGGUUAAACGUCUACGGUGUGCAAGGAUUGAAGGUGGCUGACUUAUCCAUCGCGCCCGCAAACGUAUCUGCGAAUACUUACUCAACUGCAGUCUUGAUCGGCGAAAAAGCGGCCAAUCUCAUAGCAGAAGAGCUCAACAUAUGCACGGUUUGACGCAAGUUCAUCAACAGUGGUUUCCCUAUUUCUGUGAAUCAGUUUUGGCCGUUUUACAAGCUGUUGAGCUCCGUUAUGCAUCAUAUAAAGUGAUUGGGGAGUUCCCUUUCAGAUCCC